AUGGUCCAGCACGGGGGCCUAGCUGUCCGGCUGGCGCAGCGGUGGUCUCCGGUUGUGCGGCUGUCACAGCAGGAGCGCUUCUUGCCGUCGUCUGCAGAGGCGUUCCUGGGCAGGGUGCGCGCCUGGCACCCCACGCUGGGGGCGCUGCCGGAGGACCAGCUGCCGCACGGCGCCGCUUCCAGGGGCUUCUACCUGCUGCCCAGGGAUUCUCUCCUCAAUGCGAGUGAGCUGACGUCGGGCACGGAGCCGUGGCGCCAGCCGGUGCCGGUGUACGCGGUGGGCCGCAGGUGCGGGCGCGCGGCUGCGCAGCUGCAGGUGUCGGUGUGGCUGUUCUUCCCGUGGAGCCAGGGCAAGCGGCUGUGCGCCGCCGGGGGCCUGCCGCUGCCGCUGCCCGUCCCGCUCUGCCCGCACGCCCUCACGCAGGUCUUCGGCAGCCACCUCGGCGACUGGGAGCACCUCGCCUUCCUCUUCCCCAACGCCAGCUCUGCGCCGCGGCUGCUGCAGCUGUGGACGCACCACCGGUCGGCGGUGUACGGCUGGGACUCUGCUCGCGGCGCCUUCUCGCUGCUGGAGCCGGCCGCCGGCUUCCCCGCCACCGUCGCCGCCACCGCAGACGGCCGGCCCAUCCUCUACGCCGCUGACGGCUCACACGGCCUCUGGGCCAAGCCAGGACGGCACGUGUUCGCGCCGGCGCUGGGCCUGUGGGACGAGUGCUCUGCGGGCGGCGAGUGGCGCACGUGGGAGCGGGUGUCGGCGCUGGGGGCGGCGCCGUGGCGGCGCUACCUGGGUCGCUGGGGGCCGCCGGCCCACCAGUGA